AUGACCGACCCCCUUGAGCCCGUGCCGAGUCUCCGCGAGCCUCCGACCGACGCACCCGCCGACCCGCUUGCGCCCGUGCCAGGUGCGCCCAAUGCCACCGAGAAGACACCUCUACGCGAAGAGGUCUCCAAGGAAGGUGCAAAUGCGCCGUCGAUAGACUGGAAAGCGCUGUUAGACCGCGCUCUUGUGUUCCUGUCAACUGCGAGCAAUGAGACGCUGGGCGCAUGCUUGGUUGGUCUGGGCGCAGGGACCUACUUAAUAUUAGGAAGAGUCGGAUUACUUCUUAUAGGCGUCGUGGGCGGUGUGGCCCUCCAUGCGACGUGGGAAAGUCAUGCGCACGGCGACCAUGGCGCCGAGAAGAGCCAGGACCUACGGCGGAAGGAACUGGGAGUAGACAUUGCGCACAGGGUCCUCUCAUGGCGGGAACAGCGAGACAAAGGCAGCAGUCAAGACGACGAUGACGCCGAUCUCAGUGUGAAGCUGUACUCAGGCCAGGAGUUGGAUUUCUCAGACUUCCGCCCAGAGACGGCGGCUGCGCUGACGGAACUGACGGACGCGGUGAUACGCGACUAUGUCAAGUGGUGGUACCACCCCAUCAUUCCCAACGAAACACUCUUUCCCAAUGCUUCUCGACAGACAUUGACCGCUUUUUUGAUCUCCAUGUCUACACACCUAUCCCGCAAGCGACCGGCAGAUUCAUUCGUCGAUUUUGUGACCAAGUCUUCGUCAUUCAUGAUCAUCUUCUUUUCUGAACUCUCAAAUGCUAUCUUGGCGAACCCGGGCGAGACUGCGCCUGGAGCUGUGGACUUGUACAUGAAGAUGAAGCGCGACAGCACGCUGGCUACGAUUCUAGACACGGAAUUUCAAACAAAGCAACUAGGCGGUAUCGCGGAAGAUAUACUUCAGAACUAUCUGGAGCCGAAGACGUACAACUGCAAGCCCGCGCGGGAGUUCCUGCACCAAAUCUUGGCGAAGGUGGUGCUGGAGAUGAUCGUUACAACGUGUUCGAAACCCGAGUGGAUCAACGGCUGGAUCGUGCACCUGCUUGAAGAUGGCGAGCCCGAGCUUAUGGAGGCCAUCGACGCGGGCGUCGAGGCAUCGCCGCUAGGGACCGCCAAGGAUAGUGUUGAGCGGCGGCAGAACAGUGAGGAGGUAAAGAAGCACAAGCGGGUUGUGAGUAGGGCGCAGCAGGCAAUGGACGAAGCUAUGCAGGAAGCUCAGCGGCUGAACCAGAUGAUUGCGGACGAGGACGCAAAGCGAAUGAAAGAGCAACACAAUACAUCAAACUCUUCCUUGAUCGACGAUCAGUCCGAGAGCACUACGCAGGGCAUAGUCACCCCGACUUCAUCACAAAGUGAGACCCUCGCAGAGAACGACAUGUCAGCCUUCGGCAUCACGAACAUGCCUGCCCAUGGCUCACAAGAAUCCGCCACACCGUCCCCGACCAACGAAAACGCGCAACCGCAGAAAGAAGCUUUCACCAGCUUCGACCAGCUCGUCCCGAAUGCUCCUCCUACAGCGCUGGCAGAUAAUUCACCACUUACACCUCCACCACUGACGCUCCACAACUGCAAGAUGACCAUAUUCGAUGACUCUAUGCCGGGCGAAAAGGGAAUAAUUAGAAACAAACCCACCGUGGAGUACUUGAUCCAAAUCGAACCUUCAUUGGACUAUUAUAAGGGUUGGAUGUCUGCAAAGAAAUACACCGAUUUUGAGACCUUGCACGAGGUACUUCGCCGAAUAGCGCAAAUCACAGGCGCGAACGGUUUCGUGGAAGCACACAAGGAUCUGCCGACUUGGAAGAACCAUACCAAGGUAUCGCUUCGUGGCGAACUAGAGCGGUAUCUGAACGAUGCUGUGCAGUACAGACCCCUUGCUGAAAGCGAAGGUAUGAAGCGCUUUCUCGAUAAGGAGAUCGGAAACGGCAAAUCGCCCGGCGCAGGCGGCAUAUGGCCCGGCCAAGCAUUCGAGACGAUGGGCAAAGGGAUGAUGAAUGUCCUCACUCAAGCGCCAAAAGAGGUCGCGGGAGGCGGCAAAGCGCUCUUUGGCGGUGUAACGGGCGUGCUGGGCAGUGUUGCCACCCCCUUUGGCGCAAAGAACGGGAAGAAACGCGCGGACUCCACAACGAACAGCCCAAGCGUGUCCCGCACGUCGACCAUAUCCCAAACUACGCCGAUAACCAAUCGACACGGUCGCGCUGAGAGCACGGUAUCAGAGCUUCCAAGUCACAUCCGAUCCGAAAGCACGAUGUCGUUUGCUGCGAAGCGUACAUCCACGGAAUCUCUUCGCACCGCUAACUCGCCAAUUAUUGACCAGCAGCCACAAAGAGAGGCGCCUAUGGAGCGGCGUCCAAGCUACAACCCCGAUGGCGAUGGGAAGCGCUCGGGCCCAAAUAGUUUGUUCGGUGGGUCAAGAAGUGCAAGUCGAGCGCCGAGCGUGAGGGAGAGUAUGGACCUGUCGCCUACAAUGGGCGGCGACCAGCUCAUGAACCUCCCCCCUAUGCCGAGCACCCACCGCCUCAUCACCCGAAGCCAAAGGAAACCACGCGCCACCCACGCCCCCCUCUCCGAGCCUGAAACCACCGUCCUCAUCGAACUCUUCUUCGCUACCAUCAACGAGCUCUACACGCUCUCCUCUGCCUGGUCCCUCCGCCGCACACUGCUCAACGCCGCAAAGACAUUCCUCCUGCGCCCCGGAAACCCGCAAUUGACCUCCAUCCAGACCCUGAUGCAAUCCACCAUGCUCGACGCAAACACUUCCGAUGAUGGGCUGGCGUACCAUAUCCGCAAGAUACGGGAGAAUGCGCUUCCUACUGAGGCGGAGUUAGACAAGUGGAAUAAAGAGUGUGAGAAGAAAGGCUGGGUAAACGGAGAGAUGGGAGAUGAGGAGAAGGAGAGAUUGAGGGUGAAGGCGAGGAAGGCGCUUGUGGAGAAGGGCAUGCCGCAGGCGCUGACAAGCGUUAUGGGACAGGCGGCUAGUGGGGAGGCACUGGGGAGGGUGUUCGAUGCGCUGCAGGAUGCGCGGGUCGCGAGGGGGGUUAUCUUUGGGCUGAUGCUUCAGGCGUUGAAGGGGGUUACGCAGUAG